AUGUUCGACAACCUGCUGGUGCUGCGGCAGACACAGCUGGCGCAGCUGCAUCGACUGCUGGCGGUAGGCGCGGUCGUUGGCGGCCCAGAUGUGCGUCGUGGGGAUGGUUAUGCGAGGCUUGAUCGUCCUGCUGGGCUGAUACCGCCAGAGGAACGGCGUUUCAGCGUCCCAGCGUCCUGCAUAUCCACCACCAGCGCUGGUAGUGGAAGCUUCGGGGAUGCUAACCCUGACCUCCGCGGCAGAGAUACGCUGGUUACUACCGACAAGCCUGGCAGUGCCAUCCGGCGCGAUGGUGAAGGGCGACGAGUCGAGAUCGAAGGGCAUCGAGGCGCAGAAGAAAACGGCACACUUGAACGGAUGCCGCGGCGAGACUCUCUUCGCGUCCUGCAGCAUGUACGACGCGGCGAGGGCGGCGCCCUGCGAGAAGCCGAUCACGCCGUCGAAGGGGCCUUCGUCAUCAAUGGCCUCGUCCAGCAGGUCCAAGGCGGCCGCGACUUGGGGUUUGUAUCAGUUUCGACCUCGCCUUGGAGAAAGACAAACUCGUGCUGCCCGACCAGUUGGGUUCGGGAUCUGGGCGAGCUGGGCCUCGAAGAUCUGGGCGUUGGUGCCCAUGCCGUGGAGGCAGAGGAAUUUCAUGAUCUAUAUCAAUUACUCGUUUGUCAAGAAGUAAAGAGAAGUAACGAAACAAGAGAUGGCAAAAACUGA